AUUAUUCAUAAUGAAUCAAUCUAUGGCCAAAUUAUAUUCUUAAGAUGGAACAGGUAGAGAUUCAUACAUUUUUUAUGAUAAUGGAGGCUUUUAUCCUGGAAAUUUCAAAUUAUAAAAAACGCCAUCCAAUUAAAAUUGUAUUUGUUUUACUAAAAUUUUAAGGGGCUUAUGGUACAUACUCUCCUUAAAAAGCUCAUUUCAAACCUGAAAAACGAUAGUUUUAUUUUAGUGAUGGAACAGGAAGAGAUACAUAUGUCAUUCGAAAUGUAUAAGACAAAGCAUAUUUCUCUCCUGAUUUUUCAUUUCAAUUAAGAAAAUAUGAAUCAUAAGUCUUUAGUCCUUAAUAUCCAUAUAAAUUACCUCCAUUAAAAUAGGCAUAAUUAUCAAUUAAAUCUGAUAAAUAAAAAUCAUUAAUAUAGAGACUUGCUAAACCAAAACUUAGAACUCAAAAUGAUUGA